UCUUGAAUACUCAUAGUAUCUUGGUGGAGAAUGAGAAUUGAGCAUUGCCUCAUUGGGGAUAAACAUCUGUGACUGGCUACACAACAAAAUAAGUCCUCGAACAUUGAGCUUAAAUAAGGCUGUUUUUUUCUUUAAGUACUACUCUAGUCUUGCGUCUUCUUCCUUCACCCCCAGUUCCAGUCCACCGCCUCAUUAUCCGUGUUCUCAUCUUCUUUCUUCAUCCCUUUUUCUUUUCAUUACUCUCCCUUCAUUUUCAACUUUCAGUUCCCAAGACCCAUUCAAAUUUUUUUUUUCUUUUUUUAAAUUAAAAUAAAAGAAAAACCCAUUUAUUAUUCAUGAUUCACCCUACAAAAAGUGGUUUAAAAUAAAUCCCUGAAAUGAGUUAUUAUAAGUAGUAGAAAAAUGCAUAGAAAUUGAGAUUGCACUCACUUUUACGAAGUAUAAAACUAAAUUCAAUGGAUUCUAAUUGUAGUUCCCCAUCCCCAGAUCAUACUUGGUUUGGUUUCUCACUAUCCAACCAAAACCAAUAUUAUCAUCCACAUCCACCAUCAACUGAUGAUGCAACAACAUCACAUCAUGAUCCUCAUCAACAUCAACAACCAGCAUAUAAUCUCUCCCUUUACCAACAUCAUCCUCAUGCUCAUGUUUUCUCUCCCCAUCUACAUCCUGCAGUGGACAGCGGUGCAAGUAGUGGUGGUACUCAUGAUGCGUCGUCGUCAUCCUUAUCGUUCCUUGGAGGGGGUGGUGACGGGUUAUUACAAGUGGGGUUGUUUCCGACAAAAGCGGAAGCGGUGACGGUUGCAAGUACAGGCAAUGAUGGAGGUUUGUACGAGCGGAAGGAGACGGUGAGUACUGGGGAUUUGUUGGGAGGUUUGAUUACAACAAAUAGUAGCGGUGAUGAACAUCUGCUGGAAGGAGCUGAGAGGGCCGCAUUAGUUGAAGCUAACAACAAACAACUUAGUGUGAUUGCAUCUGCACCUCCUAGUAGCAGUAGAAAAAUUGUUGACAACUUUGGCCAGAGGACCUCCAUUUACCGUGGUGUUACUCGGCAUAGGUGGACAGGAAGAUAUGAAGCACAUUUAUGGGAUAAUAGCUGCAGAAGGGAAGGUCAAAGCAGGAAAGGACGUCAAGUUUACUUGGGUGGAUACGAUAAGGAAGACAAAGCUGCAAGAGCAUAUGAUUUAGCUGCUCUUAAAUAUUGGGGUCCAACUACAACCACUAAUUUUCCGAUAUUUGAUUAUGAGAAAGAGUUGGAGGAAAUGAAGAAUAUGAGCAGACAGGAAUUUGUCGCCUCCCUUAGAAGGAAAAGUAGUGGGUUCUCUAGAGGAGCAUCAAUGUAUAGAGGCGUCACAAGGCAUCAUCAGCAUGGAAGGUGGCAAGCAAGGAUCGGUAGGGUAGCCGGAAACAAAGACUUGUACCUUGGAACUUUCAGUACUCAAGAGGAGGCCGCGGAGGCCUAUGACAUAGCAGCCAUAAAAUUCCGAGGGCUAAAUGCAGUAACAAAUUUCGACAUAAGUCGUUACAACGUCAAAAGCAUACUUUCCAACAACUUACCGGUUGGUGGACUGUCGAAUAAAUCAAGAUCAUUACCCGAUCCUGAAGAAAUCAAAGCCCUCGAGUCCAAUAAUCCACACUCAUUGCCACUAAUACCGCAUCCUCAUCACUCAUCUACACUUACUAACCCCAACUUUAUAGGGAUUCCUCUAAAACCCGACUCAUCCCAACAAAAUUUCGUCUGGCCUAGCCUUAGACAAGUCGAUACCCACGAACCAUUAGGCUACGAUUUUGGCUACCCUCAACAAGCUACACCAAGCGGAGAUAGGGAAGGCGCGACUGACGGGUAUAAUACAUAUGAAGAAAGUAGUAACAAUAGUGAUAAUAAUUGGAUAGUGGCACCAAAUUUGCAUGCAUUACAAAGUCCCAAACCAAAUGUAGCUGUGUUACAGACACCAAUUUUUGGCAUAGAAUGAUACGACCUCUGUUCUAUUAUGUUUGCUACUAAUAGUGAUAUUUUUCUACACAGCAUGUCACAAUCAGGUACAAGUAUUUCAGACAUAUUUAGUGUGAGGGAAUCAGUGCAAUGUUGGUUGUUUUACAUGUGGGAGAAAAGAAAGAUGAGAAAAGGUUAAUGGGUCUAAAAAUUUGUUUCAGAAGUUUGAAUAGAUUUUGGUAAAAGUGACAGAGUAUCAAAUUUGACAGGAAGCUGACAUUUUAGAAAUGCGGACAAUUUUGUGUUUUGUCUUUUUUUUAGUAGGACACAUGGUUCAGUUUUCUGGAGUUUUCCUCCUGUUUGUAGGAUAUUAUUAUGGGUUAUGAAUAAUUACUAUUACUAUUAUCAUGUUUAAAAUUUAUGUGUAAGAAAUUAUGUGGUGUAGACAUAAUGGUGUAUGAUAUAGACUAUAUAGUGUGAUUUAAAGUCCGUAGUUCAAUAAAUAAAUAAGGAUUGUGGUUAU